GUCAUCUAUAUACUUUUCAAACUCAAUUCUCAAGAACAUUCAAACACCCAUUUUCCUUAUAUAUCCUUUCCUCCUCCAAAAAUCCUCCAUUCUUCUGCAAAUUAUCCCAUCUACUUCUUCGCAGAAUCAUGGAUGUAGAACAAGAAGAGAUGCAAUUCCUCGGAACCUAUGGAAUUUUUAGAGAAACCAGCAAAUUAAUCUUCACAUGGCGAAGGAUUUUCUCCCAAAUCACUCUAGCCCUAAUUCUCCCUCUCUCCUUCUUGUUCCUCGCUCAUAUGGAGCUCUCCAAUCUAUUCCUAAGAAAAAUCAUGCACGACGAAUUCAUACUGGACCAAACGCGGCCCCGUACAGAGUCAUUCGGAAAACUCUCUGGCGUCGUUUCAUCGGAGAAGGUCUAUUAUUUUCUAUUUCAAGUCGCGUACCUGGUUAUCUUCGUCGUCCUGUCGCUCCUCUCCACCGCCGCUGUCGUCUACACCGUCGCGUCAAUCUACACCGGCCGCGACGUCACCUUCAAGCCGGUGAUGAGCGUCGUCCCCAAGGUCUGGAAGCGGCUCGUCCUGACAUUUCUCUGCGUGUUCAUCUCCUACGUCGGCUACUCCAUCGCCAGCUUGUUCGUCAUCAUCUCCCUCCUAUUCCUCAUCAUCUUCAUCGGCCACAUCACCGGCUCCGGCGUUAUACUCCUGGUCUACGCCUUCCAGAUCCUAUACCUCGCCGGUGCCUUCUACCUGAUGACGAUCUGGCAGCUCUCGAACGUCGUCUCUGUUCUAGAAGAUUCCUACGGAUUCAAAGCCAUGGCCAAGAGCCACGCCUUGGUGAAAGGGAAAUUAGGGCUUUCCGUCGUCAUAAUCCUUCUUCUAAGCCUCCCUCUCGGAACGGUGCGUUUUAUGUUUGGGCAUUUGGUGGUUCAUGCGGCAGCGUUGGGAGUUCUCUCCAAGGGCGUUUUGGGGAUUUUGUGCUUCUCGUUGUUUUUCGUGUUCUAUUUGCUGAAGCUGGUGACGGAGACGGUGUUGUAUUUAGUCUGCAAAUCAUACCAUCAUGAAAAUAUUGACAAAUCUGCCCUCUCAGACCAUCUCGGGGAGUAUUUGUUAGGAGAGUAUGUGCCGUUGAAACCCAAGGAUGUUCAACUUGAAAAAAUUCAAGCUUGAAUAUGCAAAUAUAAUCACUAUGAUUUUAAUGAAUCAAUAUUGAGUUCUCAUAGUUUAUAUAAUCUUGGGGAUCUGACUUUUUUUAUCGAUAAUACCACAAGUUUGAUUUGGUUU